ACCUGGACUGAAACUAGUUCCAAUAUAUCCAUUACGUGAAUAGUUCCUUUGACCAAGUUUUUUAUAACGACAAACUCAAAAGAAUUGCACUAUGACGCUAUUGAAAAAACCCACUGGGGUAUUGCUUAAACACUGUUGGAGGAAAUCGGUGACAACAUGGACACCUUUGGCCACCGCUUUUAAUUCACCGCCAUACAAGAAAAUUAAUUUUACGCGCAAUGAAGCAGGUCUCUUUUGUAUGCCCGAACUGAAAAACCAUGAAGGUUUCUAUUUACUAAAAGACAAUGUGACCAAUCACACAGAAGAACUAAUACAGGAGGCAAUAUCGCCGAAUCGCAAGAGGAAAAUGGUACAAAUCUUUGAUGAGCUAUCUGACUCGUUGUGUAAGGUUGCCGAUUUAUCGGAAUUCAUACGAGUCGCUCAUCCUCAGAGCAAAUAUGCCCAGGCGGCAGAAGAUGCUUGUAUAAGUAUAAGCGGCAUUGUGGAGCAUUUGAAUACACACAAGACACUAUUUAUGGCCUUGAGCAAUGUUGCCCAUAAUGGGGACAUUGUACCCACAACGGAUGUCGAUAAACAUGUCUCGAAAUUGUUUCUAUUUGAUUUUGAGCAGUCCGGAAUACACUUAAAGGAAGAGGAAAGAGAAAAAGUGGUACGCCUUAAUGACCAUAUACUGCAAUUAGGACAAAAGUUCAUGCAUGGAGCUGUGGUGCCAACAUCAUUUCCACGUUCACAAGUCCCUGAGUCAAUUCGAAACUACUUUCCCUCGGAGGGCGAUCAAAUUCUAGUAUCAGGCCUUUACACAAACUCCAACAAUGGCAUGGCUCGCGAAGCAGCCUAUAAAUUGUAUUUAUACCCAUCGGAAAGACAGGAGGAACUACUUACAGAUUUAUUGAAAUGUCGACAUGCUUUGGGGAAAAUAUGCGGUUUUCAAACAUAUGCACAUCGCGCCCUUAACUCCAGUACGGUAGAGAGCCCUGAAAUGGUAAAAGAAUUUAUAGAUGAAUUGACACGAGAAUUAAGACCCCGUGCCGAUGCCGAUUUUCGAAUCAUGGAAGAAAUGAAGCGCAAAGAGAGUGGCAAUAAAAAUGCCACACUUGCGGCCUGGGAUACACCAUAUUUCACUUCGCUCAUGAAAAGAAAUGCUCUGAAUGCCAACGCCAAUGAAUUUUUACCCUAUUUCAGCUUGGGUGGUUGUAUGCAAGGUCUGGAUAAUUUAAUGCGUUCUUUAUAUGGUAUAAGCCUACAAAAUACUGAAAUGGAACCUGGAGAGUCGUGGCACAAUGAUAUAUACAAACUGUCUGUGGUACAUGAAAAAGAGGGUCUCUUGGGAUAUAUCUAUUGUGAUUUCUUUGAGCGAAACGGAAAACCAAAUCAAGACUGUCAUUUUACCAUUCAAGGGGGUAAACGUUUGUCUGAUGGCUCAUAUCAAUUACCUAUAGUGGUAGUGAUGUUGAAUCUUUCUCAACCCCGUUGGACUGGACCGACAUUGUUGACACCAUCGAGGGUGGAUAAUUUGUUCCAUGAAAUGGGUCAUGCAAUGCAUUCAAUGUUGGCAAGAACUGAAUAUCAACAUGUUACGGGUACCCGAUGCUCUACAGAUUUUGCUGAAGUGCCAUCCGUCUUAAUGGAAUACUUUGCAAGCGAUCCACGUGUAGUGCGUACAUUUGCCAAACAUUUCCAAACACACAAACCCAUGUCAGAGGAUAUGUUACAACGGUUGUGUGCCUCCAAAAAUCUCUUCUCUGCCAGUGAAACCCAACUGCAAGUAUUUUACUCUGCUUUAGAUCAAAUCUAUCAUGGGGAUCCAUCAAAACAGGGAGCAACCACAACAGAGACUUUAAAAAAUGUACAAAGUGAUUAUUACAGUUUGCCAUAUGUGGAAAAUACGGCAUGGCAAUUGCGUUUUUCCCAUUUGGUGGGCUACGGUGCCAAAUAUUACUCCUAUUUAAUAUCCAAGACCAUUGCAUCUUGGAUAUGGCAGACAUAUUUUGAGGAGAACCCUUUCAACCGCGAAUCAGGUGAAAAAUAUCGCCAGGAAGUACUGGCCCAUGGUGGAGGCGUACCAUCCCGCCAACUAGUGGCAAACUUUUUAAAGCGUGAUCUCACUCCCCAAAACUUGGCUCAAAGUCUUAUUACCGAAAUUGACAUCAACAACGAUAAAAUUAAGCAUAUGCUAAAGGUCGAUGCUUAGACUCCCAUUGUUAGAUAAAAUCCCUGUUAAAAGUUUUAUUAUUUUAGUUUAAUAGACAAUUUUGUUAUGUUUUUAGCAGCGUUUUUUAAUAGAAAUGUAACACGACGAAAUACAUACACAUAUUGGCCAACAAAACAA